AUGGAAAAUUUCGUCUCAAUUCUCACGCAUUACAGUGUCACUUUCCGCAUUUUACAUCAAAGAAUUCAGGCGAAAAAGAGUCUUCCAUGGAUUUUUGCUGUAACACUUGACUGUCUAAUUGGCGCAGCGUUGGCUCAUUUGCUCACAGGCAUCGAUUUCUACGAUAUUUUUUGGCCAUUUGUUGAUGCAAAGAUUCAAGAACUCGAUGAUGUAAUAACGUGGUUGCUAUCCAAUCCGGUAGGAUUGAAGUUGAACGAACCAUUAAACGUGGCACUGGCUAGCUUCUUUCGAUAUCACAUCUAUUUAUGGCAUACCUUUGUUCAAUUGUUACGAGUAUGGUGGUUGUGGAGAGUGCUGCCACUCAUCCUCUACACGGGCCUUUCGAUCUCUGCAUCAAUUCUUGCCGAUCUCAUCUCGAUCUUUUCCAUGCAUGUCAUCUGCUUUUAUAUUUACGCAUACAGACUUUUCUUGCUAACAUUCACAUCACUGAACUCGUUAUGGCGAGCGUUUCGAGGAAAGAAAUAUAACCCUUUGCGAGAUCGAGUUGAUACGGUACAUGCA